AAGGAAAUGUGUCAACCUACUUUUCUCACGCCGUCAAGCUAUAUGGGCUUCCCUCACAGGUCUUGCAAUGCCGAAAAUCAAGCGCCGCGGACUACGUUAAAGGCGUGUGUUCGCACUACCGUUCUCCCCAAGCACGCCAAUCUGCAAGAACAUCUCGAACGCGAUACCUAUAGGACAUUUUAACCCAUGUUGUUUAGGACGUUCACCAUAGCCUCCCUAGUGUCCUUUGCAAGCGCUCUCAUCCUUCAAACGCCGACGGAAUGGGUCAGUGACGCCCCAGCGAACAUCAGCUGGGAAUCGCAACCCGAUGAUCCCUCCACGUUCGCGCUGGUACUUACCAAUCUCAACGAUCCGAGCCACAUCAGCUACGCUCUCGCCAGCCCCAUCCAGACGUCCGCCGGUUUUUCUUCCUUUGAAGUACCCACCGUUCCUACCGGAAGCGGCUAUGUUGUGUCGGCAGUGAACGCGACCAACAAUGACGAAGUGUACGCGCAAAGUGGAGAGUUCGCCAUUGUCCGCUUCUAGGAUGUCUGUCUUAGUUGAAGUAUGCGGCGAAGAACCCGAAUUAUAGACCGAGUACUCCUUUUUUUAACAACACCUAUACCGUUGGAUUAACUUUCGCAUAUUGCGGCCGGCGAUCGCACAUGCUCGGUCACAAUUUGUCUUGCAUCCAUGGGACGUGAUAUGCACGAUCCCUUUGUACUAUCAUCGCAGGCACAUGCAACAGUAGCACAUUCAUUCAAGCUAAUCAUGCCCUUCAUAUUCAAGUUCAAUCAACGCUGUCUAUCCGC